CGUAUGUUAGGAUGACAAUAAAAGUAAAAAGUCUACAGUCAAAACAAGGUGCUAACCGUUCUACACAUACUCUGCAAAUAGGAUAUAAUUGACGCUGUUGUCCUAAAUUUACAAUUUUUUGUUCUAAACAGGGUCACCGUAACUGCAAAUAAGACACAAAAAUAUUUGAGAGGUUUUGCGUGCUGAGCAUAGUUUUGCCGGUUCAAAUAAUUUUAUGGUAGCAACAACGAAAAGUCAGAAAGUCAUUUUCCCAUUUCAUGAUUUCGUGUUUUAAACAUGUCCUCUUUUAAGUUCCCUGCACUGAACCUAGAGGUUGUUAAUAUGUAUACAUCUAUUUCUAUAAAGGUUGCUUUAGGAAUCAUGCGUUGGUCUUUGAAAACCAUCGUUUUGGUGGUCACUCAAGCAAAGCAUUAGAUUGUAUUCUGUGUUUCAAUGAACAAAUCCGAAAGCAACUUUUAAUGAAAUAGGAGGAUACAUUUGUACUUUUUAGAGGUGGCCAAAUCACUUAAAUGUACAUGUACAGGCUAACAUUGUCAUUACUACCUGUGGCUUUGUCAAUUUCAUCUCAAGCUUGUACUUAAACACCGUCAUUACCUGAAAACCUUUUUAUGCAAUGUAGGCAAGACAGCUGCAUACAUGUUACCAAUAUUGGAAAGACUUAUUUAUCGACCACAGCAGACGUCAGUAACAAGAGUGCUCAUUCUUACUCCCACAAGAGAACUUGCCAUUCAGGUACUACUAACAUCAAUAUAGUGGUCAUACAAUGAGCAUAUCGUUAAGUGAUAUUUAAUAAAUGAGCAGGAGUGUUUUAUCGGGUAACGUCCAUCUAGGCAUUAUGAAAUAUUUAUUAUUAUUAUUAUUUUUUGAUAAAGGUAGAAUUAAAAUUUAUUCAAUAGCCAGUUUAGUGGCAACCUCAACCAAAAAUUAUGUGAUAAACAAAGACAUUUCACAAACACUGCGGUAAUUACACGCUUUUGAUCAUAUUUACAUGGAAAAGUCGCAUUAUAAAUUUUUAAUUAUUAUUAAUAUUAUUAUUCAAUAAAUAUUAUUUUUUGUGUUUGUUAUUCCUUUCCAUGAUUGUACAUGCAGGGUUGUAACUAAGGGCCUCAGGCCGGGGAUUUCCCUCGGCUACUAUAAGCAUGACUCCCGGAUAUUUUCUUAGGAAACAAAAAGAAGACGAGACCAAAAGAACCCCCUGGCUCCCGGCAACUUAUUAGCGUAGGCUGAUUUCAACAAUUCAACAAACUGAACAUUACCCUUUCAUGUUCUUAGACUCCCUUACCUUAAUAAACUGUUAUAUACAGCUGUAGUGUGCAUACAGUAUACAGUACCGCUCAAAAGUAAGUUACCAGUCGAGUCUCGUUUCCUGUGCGACGAGAGUCAGUUCGCGCGCUACGCGAUUCGAGAAUCGUUGAAGCCUCAAUUUUUGGCAUAAGUUAUUGACCAUACGUCCAGCGAGAAACCAACUACAAAUUUCACGUGGCGUUACCUCGAAGACUGAGGAAAAUGGGUGUUAGAUUUUGCGUUCAGUUUCUUUCGAGAAGCUUUCUUUUAGCUUGUCAUUAGCACACUGUCUGAUUGGAGUUUCUGAGUUUUUGGAUCUGUUAGCGAUUGACAUUUUGGCACUGCAUUUGAUCAUGACGUUCGGUUCGCCGAAAAGGGAAAACCGCUUAAUUCUAGGUUCCUUGAUUAUUUGCAUGAACAAACCAACGUGAGAAUUCAUGCAAAUUGUCAACUGUUUAUAGCACUUUAACUUAAAUCCAAUGUUGAUAUCAAGCACGUUUAUUUGUUUAAGGUUCACUCAGUGGCUAAAACAUUGUGUAAGCACACAAACAUUCAAGUCUGUCUAGCAACUGGUUAGUAUUUACAGAGUACUGUUACCUACUUUUGCCUUGAAUUACCACUCAUAUAUACCCAGUAAUGCUUUAGCAUUCUCUUCUUUUAACUAAUGCACUCUAUGCAGUUGUAUUAACAUUUAUACUGUAGCACACAUCUACAGCUGUACACUGUUCUGAGGAAAAACUUACUUUAAAUGUUAUGUCAAAAGUGACUUUUCUACUGCAAAACAUACAAUCAUAAGUCUUUCAAAGAUCUCGGUACUGCUUAAGAGUUUAAACCUUUAGGUACAUGUACAGAUAUCAGUGGAGAGUGCUGACUUGACAUUCAAUCGUUGAGAAUAAUGGGUAGUGUCUUUUUCUCCUUCUUUAACAGCAAUAAAGAGAUCUGGGGUCCACCCAUGUCUGUCUCUUAGUAAGGAGAGCAUGUAAAAAAAGGAAAAUAUGCAGAGUAGACAUUCUUUUUUCCCAUUCUUCUUUCCAAAAUAAUUGCGUUUAUUUCAUUCAUUACCAGAGGCGGAUCCAGGAUUUUUUUUUAGGAGGGGGUGCACUAGUCUCUUGCUCAGUCUACUUCAACACCAAUAAACCACAUAGUUUUUUUUUUUGCAGAAUACCUGCAGUUGUAUUAGAAAACCGCAGGUCAUCUCAGGGGGGGUGCGCACCCCCUGCACCCUCCCCCUAGACCCGCCCCUGAUUACUAUCAGUUGACUUGUAAGAUGAUUCUUCUCAAGACGAAUUUUGUACCACUUUGUAGGUGGCCUUGAUAUUAAGACUCAAGAAGCAGCGCUGCGUAAAGGACCUGAUAUUGUUAUUGCCACCCCAGGAAGACUUGUUGAUCAUCUGCAUAAUACACCAUCAUUCAGUCUGCAGACUAUUGAGAUUAUUGUCCUUGAUGAAGCUGACAGGUGAAGUAAAACAUUGUAACUCUGUUCGAAAAUUUAUCAUGAUAAUAUAUACAGUCGAAGUUCCUUCAUGUGCGACCACCUCUCGUAAGCGACCACCUCCCAUAAGCGACCGCCAAUCCAAAACACCAAAAUUUUCCCAGUCAAAGCCUUACAGUUGGAACCUCUAAUAAAGGACCACAUCCUGUAAGCGACCGCGACCGCUUUUUGGGCCUGACGGUUAUUGAUUUUCUAUUGUUUUUAACCUCUUGUUAGCGACCUUUUGACGCAUUCUCUGAUCUCUAUUUUCACUGUGUGUAUGUUACAGUACUUAGAAUAUACGAACAACUUCAUGACAACAUGGAACUACACAUACCCUAACUUAGACAUUGCAUGCAAUAAAUUAUCUUCCAUAAAGUAGAUGUGCCUGGACCUCUUCUCGGGAAAGGCCCGCUGUGGUUCGAUUCUUGGAAGUGACCACCUCCUGUAAGCGACCACUUAGUCUUUGCAUUUUGGUUGGUGACUUAAAGGAGGUUACCCUGUAUUUUUUCAGUCAAAAUCACUCUUGGACGUGUAAAUGAUGUUACUGUAAAAGUGGGUAACAUAAUAACAGUUACUUUUCAAUAAGAAGCGCUUUUGGACCAUUGGGAAUUAGCGCUCUAUAAAUACUGUAUAUUAUUAUAUUAUAAUAAUUUUUAAACCACAUGUGAAGGCCAGUGAUGAGGUCUUCCUAAUCUAAAGUUGCCAGUACAAUUAAAGGACUCUAAUCUUUAUCCCACUCACCCUGAGAUUUGGGCAUUGCAUCACCUCAAGCGGGUCCUUUAGCCACUUCCUGUUGAAGGCACAAAACUUGGAAGAAGAUUGAUUGAAAAAUGCAGGCUAACCCAGCCCAAAUAACUCGUCUUUUUUCUGAUCUCAUGUAAACUUCAAUUGUUUUCAGCUGUAGGUGUACAAAUGUAGUAAGCUGAAUCGCUGUGACAGCAAGUGUUCGCCAUUGUUUCUUGACAAAACGCACAAUUUGUUACAUAGUGUGAUAUUGCUGAGUACUCUAGCAGCCUAACAUGGAAAUGUGUACCUUUACUAAAUUUUUAGAAUGCUGGACGAGAACUUCAAAGACCAAAUGGAGGAAAUUGUUAAGCUCAGUCCAAGGGGAAGACAAACCAUGCUGUUCUCCGCAACAAUGACAGAUGAGGUACGCCGUAAAAACGUUACGCGUGAGAUAAUACUUAGCUUUAACGUUUGUUUCAUUUUGUUGUCUCUUUUGCUAUGUACUAUGGUGUUUGUGAGUCAUCACGCAGUGCUUCUCCCCACUAACUUUUAGCCACUGGAACGAAAAAAACGUGUGAUGUUGUGAGAAACAACUACUGGGCCCGCAGUAACUGGCUCACGCUGGUGCGGAAUCCCUGCCACUUUUUUUUGUUCUUUUGUUUGAUUACCCUUACUUAUUUAUAUUAUGUUGGCGAAGCUGAUAAAAUAAAAUGAAAUAAAUAAAUAAAAAAGUAAUCUCCCACCCCAGUACACAUUCCUCUGUUUAGUACAUGUAUGUUCUUGUAGUGAUCUUUAAACCACUGUUAAGAAGCCAUAACAAUGCUCGGAUUUAAUAGUCAUGCCGGUACAGAUACGCCAGAUUAAGAAAUGUUACAAACUUUGUUUGACUAUUGGACAAUGUACAAUGUAUAGCCCGUCUUCUAUACACAUAUCUUUGACAGUUCACGAACAAGGUGACUAAUUUUGCCGCAGUUAUCUCAAAUUAGAGAUUUUGAGGUGUUCUUAGUCGUAUAUGCGCACGUGUAAGUGGCGUUGGAAGGGAACCAAGUCAGUUGUCUCGUUUAAAUCUUUGACAGAGGUUUACUGUUUGCGUUUUGUGCAGGUUGAAGAGCUUGUCACUCUGUCGUUGAACCAGCCAGUCAGACUUUUUGUGGAUAAUAACACUGAUGUAGCUCAUAACUUGAGACAGGAGUUUGUGAGAAUACGAAGUAACAGAGAAAAUGAUAGACUGGCUAUAGUGACAGGUAUGUAAGACCCCUCUACUUUUUGUUUCUUUGACGUUUAUCUGUUUUUGUAUAUUUUCAAACUGAUGCGGUAUUACUUUGCUGUGAAAAGAUUCUGAUCUACAGGUCAGGGAAACGACUUGUAGCGAAACGACCAGUUACUCGUGUUUAAGUGCAGAACAACUCUAUUCAGACUUGUAACCAACAACAUACAUGUACUGUAUAAACUUGUUUGGUUGUUAUUCUGUGGAUUGAGUGCGGUGGGGGUUGGAGUCAAACUACCCAAACUAGAUCUCUUUCAUGAACUCUUUGAAAAACGUCGGAUUGAAAAGGGCGCAGGGUUAUGAGUUAUAGACAAAACGAGCUCCUUUUUGUUAUGUGUACACUGUUCAUGAAACUCUCCUUACAAAAUUUUCUUUGAACUAAUACCGUAAAAUUCCGAAAAUAAACCCCGGGCCCUUUUUGAGGGGCUUAUUUUGGAGGGGCUUAUAUUCGGAGGGGCUUAUCUACGGAGGGAAAUUUGCGUUUCAAAAUCGAUUGGGCUAGCCUUAUAGGUGGAAGUAAAUUUACCGUUUUUGCUUUGUUUUACUUUGUAUUUGAGGGCGAUUUAACGGAGGGUUUUUUGCGUUACCGAACUGGGGGGCUUAUAUUUGCAGGGGCGUAUACAUGGAGGGGCUUAUUUUCGGAAUUUUACAGUACUUUCUGACUUGCUGAAAUUGUUGGUCUAUAUUUUCUUAUUUGCAGCGCUGUGCAGUAGAACCUUCAAUGAGCAUUGUUUAAUUUUCCUACAAACCAAGGCGUCAGCUCAUAAGCUACGAAUCAUCCUUGGACUGCUGGGGUUAAGUGUUGAAGAACUGCAUGGGAACUUAACUCAGCUGCAGGUUAAGCUUCAAUAUCAGUUUUAUUUUUUUAAAUUCCAUGUAAUUGUCCCAAUCGCCUGAACAUUGUUUGAGACGACUGGGGCUAUCGGGCGUUUUAAAACUGGGAAAAGAUUAUAACGUUACAGUUGGGUACCUGAACGUGCGCUCAUUCGCUAACCAUUAAUUAAUAUGAGGUUAAACUUCAAUAAAAACUAUAAAAGGAAAGCUGCUGUGAAAUCAAGGCUGGCUUCAAAUAGAGCAUUGCUCUCGAAGAGGUAACUUCGAGAUUUCAUUCACAGAGUCAAACUUAAUAGUUACCUCGCAGUCAAAGCCAGUGGAAGAAGAAAAACACACACACUUAUAGAAGAGUAGAAUUCAGUGCAAUUGCACGAUCAGCUGCCCUAGGACGUUACGAACUUAACAUGCAAAUUGUAUCUUGAGAUAGAGUCGGUCGUUAACUACACAACAUUACAAUUUUAUUCCUUAACUUUCUUUGAAAUAGAAACACCCGCUGGACAAGUCGAUACUAAAGCAGGCUACAAUAAUGUGCUAUUAUUUUAGUAUGAUUUAAUGGACAAUAGCUCUUGCGAAUUCCGUUAGUUGACUACCUCGCGCACUUACAACUAAAUCAACUGACUGAAAGUACAUUACAGGAGAUAAUAUUAUUGGCACUCUCUUUGUGAUGUCAUAUGUUUCAGAGAUUGGAGGCUCUCAGGAAAUUCAAGGAAGGCGAAGUGGAUAUUCUUGUAGCUACUGACUUAGCUUCUCGAGGUCUGGACAUUCUUGGUGUGAAAACAGUGAGUACCGUGCCCUUCUCUGGUUUUUGCUGCGACAAAACUGCAAUUGUAAACAGUUCUUGCUGUACAGCCUGCGUAGCAAGCGUUUCGGUUUUGGGCGCGCGAAAAAUCGUUCUUCGUUCUUUACCCCGAAACCGCAUGUAAACGCUUAUGAAUUGUUGUAUCAACCACCACAACCAUACAGGUUUUGCAUGUACGUACAGUGUAACUGUAAACCUUGAAUCUCAAUCCUAUGUACUCAUGUAGCUUUCCCGAGUGUUAACCAGAGGUUUGUGGUCAAAUGUGAAAGUGAAACCCAUGUUAGAGGCUCGUGCCUUUUCACAUAGCCUGCAGACACGGAGACCCCUGCCUUCUCCAGUUCUCCCUUUUAGAUCGUAGUUGAUAUCCUGCCUUCUCAGGGCUUCUUCACUUUCCGUAGGAAGAACGCGCGGCGAACCUAUGCCCUGGAGGCUAUGGAGACCAAGAAUUUCGUAGACGCAAGAACAGUGUUGCAAAUUUUAAGAUGUUCGCACACCCAAGUAUUGUCGCGCGGCCUUCUUCUAAUGAAAAAGAUUUUUUUUGUGUUGAUAGGUUAUUAAUGCCAAUCUUCCACCGACAAUGAAGCAGUAUAUUCACAGAGUAGGAAGGACAGCUCGUGCGGGGCGCAGUGGAAGGUAUGUUUGAGCUUCAAGUUGAUAAUAAUAAUAAUGAUAACGAUGACGACGACAAUGAUGAUGAUGAUGAAAUUGAAACACAGUUCUGAUUGGUUGAAGCAAGUAUUUCUCGCGACACGACCAAUCAGAAGCGCUUGCCAGAUCUGGGUAAUUACUGGUCAUCAGAAUGGAAUUUCUUCAGUCGUUGCUCAGACGUCAUGUCGCGGGGAAACCAGUGGUGGCGUCGCUAAUUGUCGGCUGUUUUCUCAGAUUAAACAUGUUAAGUGUCCUGUGCCCACAUUUUACUCUUUAAAAGACAAUUUUGUCUGUUGGAGCCUCUUAGGACGAGAAUUAGCACGUAUUACUUACCUUUAAGCCCCGUGCAAGUGGACUCAACAUUGUUGGCCAGCGACUCCCAACAUUGUUAGAUGCUACAUAUUGCGUCGGUUUGCACACCCUGUUGCAUGUUGUUGUUGUUUUGUUGGGAGUUUGAAAACGGUGAAACGUUUACAGUGUAGCUACGAGCAAACGGACGCAAUAACUACCAAUAUCGUUGGCCGAGUUGUCGCGUCCGUUUACACGUAGCUUCAGUUAAUUUUUCUUUGGCUGUUUAUAGGUCUGUCUCCUUGGUGGGAGAGAAGGAAAGGGGACUUCUUAAAGAGAUUGUGAAAUUAGCAAAAACACCAGUGAAGAGCAGAAUAGUUCCUUCAGGUGGGAGUCAUUUCUGUUUUGUACAAGCUUCAUAACGUGUAUACUUGAAAGAGACUUUUGGUUGUCGAGUCUCUCGAUUAAGCUCAAUAGUUUCACGUAGCCUUCGAAUACUCGCUAAUAGGGUCCUUUAAAAAUAUUAAAAUACGAAACUAAGAAGGCGACCGGACGGGAACGUCUAGAACGCAAUACUGUAGGUUUAGUGAGCAAAACAACGCUUUUUCGGACAUUUCUUUGCCGUCCCUGACUUGAGAACGGCAGCGGCUGCGUGAUAAUUUUUUUCUCUGGUUUGAACCCGAAAUCAGUCCCCGCUCGUCAGUUGCAACACGGAAUUUCUCUAUUCACCAUUUCACAUCUCCCCCUCCCCCCCCAAAAAAUUGCUUUUUCUUGGAACGACUGUAAUACCCAGGAGAAAUAAUAAACAAAGAUUAUGCAAAGUUUUUGGGGGGCAGACAAGGUGUAUUAUGGGAGGUGUGCAAAUGGCGAAUGGCAAGCCACUUGGUUACGAUACGAUACUUUAUUUAACGUGGUUGCCAAGAAUAAUGCCGAAAUAGUUUGUACCUACAAAAUGCAGAGUUGUUAUGUUCUUAUUUCUUUUUUCAGAGGUUAUCGGCAAAUACAGGAAUAAGAUUCAAGGACUUGACAAAGACUUGAAAGAAAUUUUAAAACAGGAAAGCGAAGAAAAAGAGGUAAAUAAACACGCGUGUAAGCAACUUAGCGACCAUUGAGGAAACCAGCAAAUUUUGAUAUACACCUGUAGGUUUACUCAGCUGGUCCCGCUUGUUCGAACGCUGGAUAGCGCUAUCCACCGGAUAAAUCGCAAUCCAGCGUAUAAGUAGUAGGAAAACCAAUUGCGUUAUCCACCUUUCAAACAAAUGGGCCCUGGUGUGCGCAAUGCCACAAAUUCCACGUGGGGAAUUCGUUCUCUCUUGGCCAGUAAUGAAUUUUAAGUGGGACUGUCGAUGCUAUUAAUUCACUUUAUUUUAUUUCAUUUUGUAUCAGCUAAGAGUUUCGGAGAUGGAAAUGAAUAAGGCGCGAAACCUUCUUGAACACGAAGAAGAGAUCUUCUCCAGGCCUGCAAGAACAUGGUUUCAGAACAAAGCGGAUCUUAAAAGGAAAUCAGGUGAGGUCCAGACUUCUGUCGACGUGUAUGGUUUCGACUUUGCUUGAAUCUGUUGAUAUUCACGUUCAUUUUUGUCGUUGUUUUGACAGAGAAAACUACGAACGGACCGUCCAGCAAAAAAUCAAAGAACGAAAAGAAGAAAGGAAAGAACUUCGGCAAUGAAAAGGAAAAUGUAAGCUGCUUAAUUUAUUUUGCUUUGUUAUAUUGUUAUUGCUUUCGUUUUGUUUUGUUUGUUUGCCUCUUCGUUUGUUUGUGAUUUUUUUUUCUCCGCACAGGCGUGUUAUUUUUAUCCAUGCACCCAGCGUAAUGACUUCCCCUAGGACCGUCGUAAAAGCUUAGCUUGGUUGAUUGCUUUAGGAAUAAGCGCCGACGGCGUGGGGCGGGCUAGUGAAGUAUUUCUAAACUAUUUAGAGCAGACUGAGGAGCAAAUUUGCUCACAGAUGCAGUCAUCAUUAUUUUUUAGAAGGUCUAGUUUUCAAUGUGUACAAAUCAUCCUGGGAUUGUGAAUCACAUUCGCGGACGCUUCAGCAAUCCCCAAUUAGAGGCCCUGUUAGGGUAUAAUUCUGACAAGCGACAUUGCCUUGAAACAGUGACGUAAACAAGACAAGAUGAAAUGGCGACAAACGACACAAAGAUGGGUUGAAACUGUGACAGCAACAAAAGCGCAAAUAUAAUAGUGAAACAUACACCAACAGCGACAUAGUUUCCUCUUCAAUACGCGAAACGACAGGUUUUAAAAUUCAGACUAGGGACGUACGUAACCCCCCCUAAGAGGGCCUGAAUUUACCCAUCUUACCUUUCCUGUAUGCAGUGGCAGUGGCGGAUCCAGACCUUCAGACAAGUAAGGGGGCGGGGGGCGGGGGGGGGGGGGUCACCCAGACCCUGAGAUAAGGAAGGAGGGGCGGGCUUAAUUUUUUUUUUUUCGGCCAUCCGGGGGCCAGUUGUGUCCAAAAAAAAAGGGGGGGGGGGGGCCGGCCCGCUGGCACCUCCCCCUGGGUACACCCCUGGGGGGGCGGCGGGGGGCGUACGCACCAGCCACGUCCAGCACUGGAUCGCGUGCUCAAAGACCCGAUAGUUGCGGGCAAGGACGGCGGUACGGGGGCGGGCCGUGGUGGGGGGGGGGGGGGGUGGGGGGGGGGGGGGGGGGUCAUCCCGGCCCGGGGGGAAGGGAGGGGGGGGGGUUUUAAUUUUUUUUUUUUCGGCCAUCCGUGGCUCAGUUUGGUCCAAAAAUAAAGGGGGAGGGGGCCCGGGCCCUCUGGAGCCCUCCCCUGGAUCCGCCACUGAGUGAGACCGGGUGGGAGUUGUUGUUCCAGUUUCGAAUGUUGAAAAUUCUUGGCUCAGUUUCCAAGGCCCAGGGGAAUAAAACAAAAGAUAUGAAUUGUUAAUCCCUCUGAGACGUUUUUGGUAUGAAUUUUAUAAUUCGAAACUGGCCACCAAUUUCGUUAUAUUAAAAUCCACACUUGGCUCCGAGGCUUGGGGUAAUAAAACAAAAGAAAUGUAUUAUUCAUUGCUGAUCCUUUAAAUGAUUUCUUUUGUUUUAUUCCCCCAAGUGUCGGUGCUAAGUCUGAAUUUUAAUAUAUCGAAAUUAGUCUAUUGCACUAUGUGGCCGAGACGAGAAUUUCUUCCCCCAAAAAAGCCCUAGGACCGUGACAUCGACACAAUACAGGCCCACUCUAAUACGCACAUAUACCUCAAUUUUUAAAGCUCUGGCCUCUUCAUUAUAAUUUAAAUAAAUUAUUCUCUCAAUUCUACUAACUACCUUUCCUUACGAAAUAUAUAUAUAUAUUUUUUAUUAGGAAGAGGAUAAAAAAGCGAGAAAGGAGAUGGAAUUUAUUGCAAGAGAAGUCAAAAGAUCAAAGAAGAAGAAGCGAUUACAUGCCUUCCCGCCAGAUAGACCCGACUUGGACAGAAAAGGUGUCAUUGUGCUUUGUUAUUGUAAGAUGGCGUGAAAAAAAAAACAGAAGAUAAUUAAGAAUAAAAAUAAAUAAAAAGUACAAUUCAUUUUACACAUUAAGUUCAGAAAGCGAAAGUCAAAAUUUAUUUUAUAAAACAUUUCACUUUACAUUUUUUGGAACCAAACCGUUUUUACAAACAAACAAAUAGCAUCAUGCGAAAAUGCCACUGAAUAUAACAUUUCGCCUUGAUUAGACGAAAUCGACCUUUUUUUUUUCCUGUAAGUUUCUACUUUUCUAUAGACCACAUGAUUUUAUCUGCAGGUACGAACGUUUCUGGCAGCAAUUUGAACUGACUUGGGAAGCCAGGAUUAGUGUGCAGCUUACCACUUAUUUUUUUCAUGUACGACACGUCACUGUUCAAGUACUGUUCUUGUUGAGAUUGAGAAUUUGAUUUUUCAUCGCAGGAAAAACGAAAGGUGUUGAUGGUGCUGCCGGUUCACGCUUGAAGGCCUUCGACAAGGAACUGACCGACACGAGUAAAAAGGCGUUAAAAUCUUUUAGACAGAGGUUAGUUGUUUACGAUGGUGCUGUAGGUAAAAUAACCCACGUUACUUAUACUGUGAAACAUUUGUGAUAAGGAAUAUCAUGGGAAUAGAGCCAAGUGUCUGUAUUAUAUAGAGGGAAGGAUUGUGCGAAGCAUGGGCUUCUUUUGGACUAAUAUAUAUCAUGUAUUAUGGAGAUAGGGAUUAUACUGUGGAUCAAAAGAACUGUCCCGCAGUAGAGAAGUGUCCGUAUUAAAGAAGUAGGGAUUGUACAUGUAUGAAGUGUGGUAUUUUUGGGACCAAAAGAACUGUCCGUAAUAGUGAUGCGUCCGUAUUAACGAAUUAGGGAUUGUAUGAAGUUUGGUAUCUCUUGAACAAAGAUAACUCAGUGGUCGUAUUAGAGAGGUGUUUGUAUUAUGGAGGUAGGGAUUUUAUGAAGUGUGGUAUCUUUGGGACCAACAGAACUGUCUGUAAUAUAGAGUUGUCUUUAUUAUGGAGGUAGAGAUUUAUGAAUUUUGUUAUCUUUAGGACCAAGAGAACUGUUUGUAUUACAGAAGUGUUUGUAUUAAAGUUGUAGAGAUACAAGAAAAAGAAGAAAUAAAUAGUCAUGGGUGAAGUAGCGAAGUUAAUUUUUUGAUCCAGAAACUAAAAGUUACUUUGUGGGCCUGCUAUAAAAAGCGUUACACUUGCUCCAGAUGUAAAAGCAAGUCUUUUGUGAACUUUUCAAACAAGUUUGGACCAUUUGUUGCGAUUCGGCGUAAUAGGGUUCAGUGUUGCAAUUUGUCAAAAAGGCAAAGCCAAACUUCUGGGAGUCGUGGGCUGUAACUAAGAUUGCAUUAAAAGAAUUCAUUUUGAUCUGCAGCUCCAGAGCCGACGAUUCAAAGAAAUUAAAGAAAAAUUCAAGUAGAUUUAAGUCGAAAAAAAGGUAAGUUUUGUAUGUCCUCGCUAUAACGAAUGUCUUUUUUUUUCUUCUUUUUUUUCUUUUGUUUUACCCCAGGAAUAGACCUUUCCCGCAUUACGCUCAAGCGAGCAAACAAAAAGAAAUGAGGACGAGGCUCGGGUGGACAAUUUCAUACAAUUCACUGUAUUUUGUCCAACGAGCCUCGAGUUGGUGCCUUUGUUUACAGCAACGCGGGAAAGGUCUAUAGUUAAAUAUAUGAAAAAGAACCUCGAUAUAACGAAACCUUGUUAUAGCGAACAAAAUGUUGUCAGUCCCUUGGCUCUUCGUUAUAUCGAGGUUCCACUGUAGCAGCUUUUGCACACCUCUCGCCGCUGCUUUGUGUAAAACCAUAUCUCAUCAACGUCUGUAAUGAGAGAAGCGCUACAGCUCGGUCUCCUUUCAUUUCUCUAGGUACAAGAGAAGAUGA